GGGGUGUGGUGAGCUACAGAGCAGCAGGAUCUCUGGGCUUCUGAGUUCAUUGUACACAGAUUCCUCAGGGAGCAACUCAGCAGCCUUAGUCCUCAGAGAAUCUCAGCAAUAAACCUGGACAGAAGGCUCAGAAAGUCACCACAGGGAGCUGCACCCAGAGAAUGCUAUUAAGAUACAGAUAGUAUUAUGGCAGAGAUAUCAAUACCAACAUCUUUACCGACUUCCUACCACCGAGGACAUCGCAACCCCGAGUGACACGUCAAUCUGGCCUUCAGCUUUCUAUGUACACUCUCUUAGUUGCAACUUGAUCAUCAGGUCUCCUACCAAAGCAGAACCUCUCUGGUAUGAAGGACAGUGUUCAAUGGAUGGAAAUGUUUUCCUUUCUUCUAAUAACGUGAACAAGACCAUGCCUUUGGGUAACCAGGAGAAGAUGGCAAAUGCCACCGAAGUGUGGACAUGUUUGACCCAGUGGAUAGACCGAUGUAAACAGGACUUAAGGGACAAGGUGUCUGAAAUCAAAGGGGACACUACCAAGACCAGUGGUCACCCCACUUUACGGGUCACCAUGCUUUCUAACCACAGCCAUGAACAAAUCAUUGGUGCUUCCUGUGUAUUCAACAUCAGUGAGAAUUAUUCCUUCAUCUUGGACCUAAAGACUAUGAAGUGGAAACUGAUUAAUCCUGUACCAGAGGACAUCAUGAAAGAAUGGAAAGAUGAUAAGACAUUAAUGAAACAUCUGAAUUUGUUCAUAGUAGAAUGCAGUCCGAAAUUCAAUGAAUUCUUAAAUCAGCACGAGGAAAGAACAAGAUCAACAACAAGGGCCCCAGAUAUCACCCAGCCUCCACCUACCAGCCAGGUUCCUUAUAAGGAAGUAUUGAUCCCUGUAGGACUCAUCAUUUCCAUCAUCUUUAUUAUUUUCCUUUGCAUAUGUGUGAAGAGGAUGUGUUGUCCCCACGGAGGUAGAGAACUUCAGCUGCUCAAGGACUACUGCAUCAACUGGCACAAGCCACAGAGGAAUGAGGGGCUAGAGGAGACAAAAGGAGAGGUUCCCAACCAGAGAACCAAAAUGUUGUCCCAGGAGGAAGAUCCCAAGACAUUGGGAGGCCCAAGGAGGGCAUCAGAAUCUGUGGAACUGGAGUUACAGAUGUUUUCAAGUACUGGGAGCUGAACCGAGGACAUCUCCAAGAACAGCAAGGGAUCUUAACUACUGAGCCUUCACGCCAAACGAUAAAUGAAUUUUUCCUUUAAAAAUGAUUUUUAUUUUGUUUAUGUAUAUGAGUACACUGUCUCUGUCUUCACACACACCAGAAGAGGGCAUCAGAUCCCAUCACAGAUCGCUCUGAACCACUAUGUGUUGCUGAGAGUUGAACUCAGGACCUCUGGAGAGUGAGCAGUUCUCUUAACUGCCCAGCCAUCUCUUCAGAUUAAUAAAUUUCUUAAAAAGAAAAUAUGGCCUUAAUAUUAUUCAAUACAGGGGAAGGCCUUAACCAAACUUCACGAUAAAGUUGAAUGUUUCAGAUUCACUCACAGUAAAAUGACCAUGGAGUGAAAUGGCCAGUUAUGACGUCAUUUGUAGCAUUGGAGCUAAAGGUUUGGUCAGAGGGGCUCACAGUUGCUCUAAGAGAAAUGCCAAGUAAUACCGCCAUAUCUAAUGAAACCUGUAAAUAUAAGGUAUGUGCUUCACAGUUUUAUGUGAGUUUGACAUAUUAUAAAGCGGUAUGAGAGGAGAGAAACUCGGUUUUAAAAUGCUUCCUUCAGAUUAGGCUGGAGGGAACCCUGUAGGGCAUUUUCUUCACAGUAAUCACAUGCAGCUCACAGCCCAUUUCGGUGAUCCUUUCCUAUAAGGCUGAUGGCUUGUGUAUGAGACUGUAUGGCUGAGCAAGCCAUGAGGAGAAAUCUAGUAAACAGCACCCAUGCAUGGCCUCUGCAUCAGCUCCUGCCUCCAAGUCCCUGCCCUUUUCGAAUCCUGUCCUGACUUCUUUCAAAGGACAAACAGUGAUUUGGAAGUGUAAGCCACAUAAACUCUUUCCUUCUCAAGUCCCUUUGGUCAUGAUGUUUCACCACAGCAAAAGUAAACAUCAUUAAGACAAAUUGGUACCAAGAUAGUGUGUGGUUUUGUUGUAGCAGACCUGGCAUGUGUUUUGGGGAGGUUUCUAGAAAGCCGUUGGACCUCUUGGCUAGAAAAGCCAUUGAGUGAUAAGAGGUACCUGGUCCAUUCUUUAGGACCUUAGAUGACAGGCAUGUUGAAAGCAGUGCAGACAACGGAGGCCUGACUUGUGAUGUUCAGGGAAGCAAAUGCUACCAAGUCAUUUGCAUUAAGAACGGAUGGCUCUAUGUUGCUGGGGCUGAAGAAUUGGCUGUGAUUAACAAGAGUCCAGAACUACUUUAGUGGAACCUUUGUUUUGUUGGGAUACUCAAUGCUCUUCAGCUGGAGCUGAGAACUUAACAGUCAUCAGGAGAGAGCAGCACCACUGAAGUGAGAUCAUCUGGAAAGGGAUUCCUGAGAGUCAGUACACAAGCUGUGUUCAAGACCCAGCCAGAUUGGAGCUUGUGAGGUACCUGAACAAGUCAGUGUAAGAGCUAGCCUGGUGUUCCUGGUUUUGUAGAUGUGAAAGGGUCAUGGAGAAGAGCUGAGGCUUGGCACUGUGCGACAGAAUUGGAGUCCAUGAAUAAAGCCCUUCACAGGACACUACUAAAAGUGUGGCUAGAGCAGAAGACUCUAGCUCUUUGGAAAUGCCAGUGCCAAGAAGUGACCACCGAGGAAAGCAUCAGUGGUAGUGGAGUGGAGCAAGCCAGAACCUAGAAGACAAACUGUCUAUACUCUAGUGGGUGAGCUGGUGAUGUAACUCACAUGGUGAUGGGGAGCCGGGUCUAGGCCAACCUUGGACCCUGCAUCCAAUUUUCUACUUAUGGCUUUCAUUGGAGACUCCAUAACUGGUCCUGUUGUCAAUCAUGGCUUUCUGGCUAAGCCAUGACUCCUCAAGACCUGAUUAAGACCUUAGUUUAAGGAAAGGGAAAAAUUAGGAAAGUCCCCUGAGACACAAACGGGGUAAGUUAUCCUCCAAGAACAACAUAUUUGAACACACACACACACACACACACACACACACACAAACACACACCAGAAAUAGAACUUAAUGACAGAUCAAAGUACAAAUUGUGCAGACAUUUUGAAGCUCCACUGAGUUUUCUUUGGGGUUGCUAACAGGAGUCUAGUGAGAGGUUAAUUAUAGGAUCUGGGGUGACUUCUCCAAAGCUGUUUCAUUGCAGAGCUCACCUCAACACAGGUAGUGACUCCUGAUGAGAAAAUUAGAACAGAUUUUAAUAUGUGCAAAAUGACCAGCCAGUUUUAAAACCACAGGGAAAAACGUAGUCCUAUCUCAACUGGGUAGAACAACUGAGGAGCUGUCUUGCACAGCUUCUGCUAAGCCAGGCCUUUAGCAAAUACACAAGAAUGAAGUGACUGCAACAGUGGAAGUCAUUACCUUGAAAAUCUUUGCAACCUGAUAUUACAGCUAGA